AUGCUUCCUCUCUUCAACAAAGUGCUUCCUCUCUUCAUCAAGGUGCUUCCUCUCUUCAUCAAGAUGCUUCCUCUCUUCUUCAAAGUACUUCCUCUCUUCAACAAAGUACUUCCUCUCUUCAUCAAGGUGCUUCCUCUCUUCAUCAAGAUGCUUCCUCUCUUCAACAAAGUGCUUCCUCUCUUCAUCAAGAUGCUUCCUCUCUUCAACAAAGUACUUCCUCUCUUCAUCAAGAUGCUUCCUCUCUUCAACAAAGUACUUCCUCUCUUCAUUAAGAUGCUUCCUCUCUUCAACAAAGUGCUUCCUCUCUUCAUCAAGAUGCUUCCUCUCUUCAACAAAGUGCUUCCUCUCUUCAUCAAGAUGCUUCCUCUCUUCUUCAAAGUACUUCCUCUCUUCAACAAAGUACUUCCUCUCUUCAUCAAGGUGCUUCCUCUCUUCAUCAAGAUGCUUCCUCACUCCAUCAAGAUGCUUCCUCACUCCAUCAUGCAUCCAUCAUGCAGCUUCCUCUCUUCUUCAAAGUACUUCCUCUCUUCAUCAAAGUACUUCCUCUCUUGCUCAAGAUGCAGCUUCCUCUCUUCAACAAAGUGCUUCCUCUCUUCAUCAAGAUGCUUCCUCUCUUGA